AUGAACGACCACGAAUACUACAGCCAAAAGCCGCUACCCACACCCGGCCAGUCAACGAGCUACCAGGGCGGCGGAGCCAAUUAUUAUAAUCAAAAUCAUAACCAGGGGCAGCAGCCCAUGCCAACAUCCUACAGCGCAAACUCCCAAUCGCCCUUCGAUACCGUCUUCGACGACCAUGUCUAUCCCGCAUCUUCACACCAGUCCGGCGCUUCUUCAAGCCGACAACAUCUAAAUAGUCAGCAAUACCAGGAGACGGCCUACCACGGCCCCGUCCGUGUUCCUUCCGAAGAAGAUAUGGCUUACAAUCAUCCCACAGAUGACAUCCCCCUGGAGGACCGCAGCGGCGGCAGAAACAUGAACAACGACCCCGAGAUGCAAGAUCACGUCUACGAUGCGCCCCGACAACCACAGCAAAAGAAGCCAAGAGGCGGUCGUAUUAGCAUGGGACAACUAGGAAUGCUUGGUUCGAAUGCGAAGAGGAUACCCUUUGUUGUUUACUUCUUCACCACUGUCCAGGUGGCCGUGUUCAUCGCCGAACUCGUCAAGAAUGGCAUGGCUACCGGGUCACCCAUCAUGAUCAAGCCCCAAUUCAACCCCUUCAUCGGCCCCUCCAGUUACAUGCUCAUCAACAUGGGCGCCCGCUGGGACCCGUGCAUGCACGCCAUCCCGGGUGUCCAAAACGCAACACAGCCCAUCAGCUGGCCCUGCCCAAACACGACGACGUACGACAUCGAUGCCCCGACGAUGAAGUGUACUCUCUCCGAGCUCUGCGGAUUUGGCGGCGUCCCCGAGCCCUGGUACAACUCGACCGCGACCAUGGAAAACGUUCCCGAACCCAACCAGUGGUGGCGCUUCAUCACCCCGAUGUUCCUCCACGCCGGAGUAAUCCACAUCGGCUUCAACAUGCUUCUCCAGAUGACGAUCGGAAGGGAAAUGGAGCGGUCCAUCGGCUCGAUACGCUUCUUCAUCGUCUACGUCAGUGCUGGAAUCUUUGGGUUCGUGAUGGGCGGAAACUUUGCCGCCAACGGCAUGCAGACGACGGGCGCUUCCGGGGCGCUCUUCGGUGUUAUUGCUCUCUUGCUGUUGGAUUUGCUCUAUUCGUGGCGGGACCGCAAGAGCCCGUGGAAGGAUUUGCUGUUCAUCGCGCUCGACAUCGUCAUUGCCUUCGUGCUCGGUCUCCUCCCGGGUCUGGACAACUUUGCCCAUAUUGGCGGCUUCCUGGCCGGUCUUGCGCUGGGAAUCUGUGUUUUGCAAUCGCCAAACGCGCUCCGUCGACGGAUCGGCGAUGAACCGCCUUACUCGCAGGUUGUCGACACCAACGGCUUCCUGAGGCAAGGGGCGCCUCCUUCUUUCUUCAGCAAUCCCGUUGGGUUUUUCAAGGGCCGGAAGCCGUUGUGGUGGGUGUGGUGGCUGGUCAGGGCGGCGUUCUUGACUCUCAUUGUCGCCAUCUUCAUCGUGCUGCUCAAUAACUUUUAUGUGGAUCAUAAGGAGUGCAGCUGGUGCAAGUAUUUGAGUUGUUUGCCCGUCAAAAACUGGUGUGAAGAUGGAAACUUGCAAAUCGAGACGCACGAUAUUACGGAGAAUAAGCUGAAGCGCGACCUUGCUUUUGCUGUUGGUGCUGCUGCUGGAUUGGAGCAGCUGCCGAGAUUUUAUGCUCAUUUUGCAUAA